AUGAUUGCCAUGCUCGAGCGAUUAUACGACCCAUCCACCGACAGCAUCCGCAUAGACGGUGAGGAUCUAACGACCCUCAACCCUCGCCUAUACCGAAACAUGGUGUCUCUCGUACAACAAGAAUCAACGCUUUUCCAAGGAACCAUCCGGGAAAACAUUGCUCUUGGCACUGACGACCCCUCCUCGAGCUCUACACCAAAAUCCCCCACAAACGUCGGCACCACCGUCGCCAAUGCCCAAAUUGAAGCCGCUCUCCGCGCCGCUAAUGCCUGGGAUUUCGUCUCCUCCCUUCCCGUCGGCUUGUCCACGGCUGCCGGCUCAAACGGCGCUCAGCUAUUCGGUGGCCAGCGACAACGCAUCGCCAUUGCACGGUCGCUCAUUCGAAACCCCAAGGUUCUGCUGCUAGACGAGGCAACAAGUGCUCUUGACACGGAGAGCGAAAAAAUUGUACAGAGUGCUCUUGCUGAAGCAGCACAAGAAGGGGACCGGAUCAAAAUCGCAGUGGCCUACCGGCUGUCAACUAUCAAGGAUGCGGAUGCGAUUUGUGUCUUUUACGGGGGGAGGAUUGUCGAAAGGGGGACGCAUGGGGAGCUGAUUGCCCAUGGGGGCAUGUAUAAAAAGAUGUGUGAGGCCCAGAGUCUCGACUAA